CACCGUUCAAAACAAUCCUAGAUAAUUCCAAACUGACUUUCUUUUAGCAUUUGGUUGUUUAUGGGAUUAUGUCAAGCAAGAUAUUAAAAUCUCUCGGCCUGAUUGCGGUAGGUACAAUAUCGGGUGUUUCUUUGGCAGGUUUAUAUAUUAAGACUGCACAAGCACCUGCAAAUGCUGUUGAGUUUUCUCGUAGAUCGAGGACAGACCCUUCGGUAAUCUCGGAAGAUACGAGAUAUGACUUUGAUCCUGCGAAAUUUCUACAGUAUGGCAAUCCUGGUCCCGUAGCUGAUCAAAGAGUCGCUCAUGGAUACAUGUCUGUGUUUGACAGAAGAACACGCAACCCUUAUUAUACCGUCGAAACGAUCACAGAAGAAUUGUUAGAACAAAGAAAGGGAAACCGCAAAUUCUCUGAGUUUCGUCAAGAUACGAAUAUUCCAGAAAUGUUUCAGGCUAAGCUUUCAGAUUACAGGGGCAGCGGUUACGAUCGUGGUCAUCAAACGCCCGCAGCUGACUGUAAAUUCUCUCAAGAAGCUAUGGAUGACACAUUCUUAUUGUCCAAUAUGUGUCCUCAAGUUGGUGAAGGGUUUAACAGAAACUAUUGGGCAUAUCUCGAAGACUGGUGUAGAUCUCUUACCAAAAAGUACGAAUCUGUGACCAUCAUGACGGGACCUUUAUACAUCCCACAGAAGAACGAAAAAGGGCAAUGGGAAGUCCGUUAUCGAAUGAUAGGAAACCCCCCGAAUGUAGCUGUACCUACCCACUUUUUCAAAGUCAUUAUUGCUAAAGAAAAGGGUAAAGACAGUAUGAAACCAGUUGUUGGUGCCUUCGUUCUUCCUAAUAAGCCUAUAGCCGAUAACUUCCCUUUGAAGAACUUUGCAGUCCCUGUGGAAGUAAUUGAGCGCUCCAGUGGGUUGGAAAUUCUUCAUAAUGUUUCCAAGGGUAACCGAAAGGAGCUUUGCAAGCAAAUUGAAUGCAAACUCAAUGCCAAAGCAUUCCUUGAAGAAAUUCAACGGAAGCAACGUAGAUCUUAAUACUCUCUGAGAUGUAAAAGUAGCUAAUAGACAAGCUUAUUAUAUUAGAGAAAUUUUAACUACCCCCCUCUAUUCCUUAUACAUACUAUAAAUUUAAGAUACUAUGGGUCGAUAGACUACAGGCCUAAUAGCAUUUAUUGACUAAAAUAUCAUUGAGCGUAUGCCCUUCAAACUACUGGAGGUUUUUUUG